CUGGUGGCGCUGGCCGAGGAGCACCUGGUGGAGGUGCGCGUGGAGGGCGCGUUGCCGGAGGAGGCCGAGCAGCUGCUGCAAGACGGCGCGAGCUCCGGGCGCGAGCUGCGCCUGCUGUCGGCCACGGUGCUGCCGGGCGAAGGUUCCCGCGCGGCAACCGCCGCCGCCCCCACCCCGCUGCCGCACCUGCUGCGCGUGCGACGCGCGCCACAGCAGGACAACAGCCAGGACGAGGACGACGGCGCGGACGGGGACGGGGACGAGAACGAAGGCGAGGAAACGGAGGUGGAGGAGCAGCUGAAGACCAAUGGCUGGCAGGCGAAGGCGGAGACGCCCCAGCUGGGCGGCGGCGGCGGCGGCGGCGGGGGCGACGCGGGGCUGCUGGCAGCCGUCAUCACGCUGGCCGUCCUGCUGGGCCUCCUGCUGGUGGCAGCGGGCAUCGUCGGCUACUGGUUCGGCGCCGCGGAUGGUGGAGGGAAAACGGCUGAGCGAGAACGGCAGCCCGUGAGUAUGCAGGCAGAGCAGCAAGCGAAGGAGAGUGGGUGUGGGCGGGAGGGUGAGCUCGUGUGUGUGUGUGUGCGUAGGAGCCAGCUGUCGGUGGUGGACAUCGAGCCACUGCGCGAUGAAAUGCUGAAGAAACCGCCCAGCCCCACAAUGGCGUACGGCGACGACAGGAGCGUGGCAGGCCAAGGGCGAGGGCUGGGGCUGGCGCCGCCGCCGGGAGCCGACGCCGUGCGGCCGUCCGUGUUGCUGGCGGACGCGCGCGACACCGAGUCCGACGACUACGUGCCGGCGCCGUCCGAUGGCUACGAGCGCCCGCGCCCGGUGUCCGAGAACUCCUACGAGGAGCUGCUGCCCGAGCUGGCCCCGGCCCCUGUCCCUGCCCCGGCUCCGGCCCCGGCCGCGGCCCCCGAGGCCGACGACGCCUCCGUCACCUCCGACCCGCCGGCGCGCAAGUCCGUCUUCUUCAACGAGGAGGUCGACUGCAUCGAGAUUCGC